AGCGAGCCAUUCAGAGCGACGAACGAAGAGAGCAAGAAAAAAGGAGAAAGCACCAAGGUUUUUAAAAAAUAAUAAUAAAGAUAAAGCUUGUACGUAAUUUAUCACGCUCGAAGUGGGAAGAGGCGAUAAGGUCACACUACACAGGGGAAAUAAACCAGCGUCACAGCAAAAGUUUAUGCUCGACAGGAGAGUAAAGCUGCCUUUUUGGGUUCCCGGCAAAGUACAGAGGCAUGUGGGCCCUAACCCUGUGUGCUCACCACUAAGUCUACCUGUGGACUGUCAGCGGGCUUUCAGCUGGGAGUCUGGUGUCCGUCCUGUGUCCCUCCCCAAUGUGGAGGACAUUGGUGGGCACACCGCUGGUGUGGUUGCAGUGACGGGGACGGAGGUGGCCCUUGCCCCACCGACGUGUAGCUCAUCUCGGGCAGCUGCUGCACGGUCGUGGUUUGUCCCCCGACCUUUUUGGUAUCGUCAUGGACCAACCAAAGGAUGGAGAUAGGCCCGUGAGGAGCAGCAAGCCACAGCAGGGGCGGAGCGGGCACGCCCGGCCCUCGGGAUCCUCCACGUCCUCCGGGGUCCUCAUGGUGGGGCCCAACUUCCGGGUUGGCAAAAAGAUCGGCUGUGGAAACUUUGGGGAGCUGAAGCUGGGUAAAAAUCUCUACACCAAUGAAUAUGUAGCCAUUAAACUGGAACCAAUUAAGUCACGGGCCCCUCAGCUACAUUUAGAGUAUCGCUUCUACAAAAUGUUGGGGAGUACAGCAGAGGGCCUGCCCCAGGUAUUCUACUUCGGUCCGUGUGGGAAGUACAACGCCAUGGUGCUGGAACUGCUGGGGCCCAGUUUGGAGGAUCUCUUCGACCUGUGUGACAGGGCCUUCUCUCUCAAGACCGUCCUGAUGAUCGCCAUCCAGCUGAUCUCCCGGAUGGAGUAUGUGCACUCCAAGAACCUCAUCUACAGGGACGUAAAGCCAGAGAACUUCCUCAUCGGCCGGCAGGGCAACAAGAAGGAACAUAUCAUCCACAUCAUUGACUUCGGCCUGGCCAAGGAAUAUGUCGACCCCGAGACCAAAAAACACAUCCCCUACCGGGAGCACAAGAGCCUGACCGGGACGGCCAGAUACAUGUCCAUCAACACCCACCUGGGCAAAGAGCAGAGUCGGAGAGACGACCUGGAAGCUCUGGGUCACAUGUUCAUGUACUUCCUCCGAGGCAGUCUCCCUUGGCAGGGCCUCAAGGCAGACACCUUGAAGGAGCGAUACCAGAAGAUUGGAGACACGAAGCGCAACACUCCUAUCGAGGUUCUCUGUGAGAGCUUCCCUGAGGAGAUGGCGACAUACCUGCAGUACGUGAGGCGGCUGGAUUUCUUCGAGAAGCCUGACUACGAGUACCUGAGGAAGCUUUUCACCGAACUAUUUGACCGGAAGGGAUACACCUUCGAUUUCAUCUACGACUGGGUGGGCAGACAGAUUCCCACGCCAGUGGGGUCCGUCCAUGUGGAUUCCGGGGCGUCCGCCAUCACCAGAGAGAGUCACGCGCACAGGGAGCGGCCGUCCCAACAACAACCGCUGCGGAACCAGCAGACGGCAGCUUCCGACCGCCGAGGAGCGUGGGAGGUCCAGCCCAAUCGGCAGACAAAUUCCUCGUACCUGACCUCCCACCUAGCAGCGGACAGGCACGGGGGAUCCGUCCAGGUGGUCAGCUCAACCAACGGGGAGCUGAACGCCGAUGACCCGCUGGCAGCUCACUCGAAUGCCCCGAUUGCAGCCCAGGCCGAGGUGGAGGUGGUGGACGAGGCCAACUGCGUGAAAAUGCUCAACCUGUGGUGCUGCUGUUUCUUCAGGCGGAAACGGAAGAAGAAUUCUCAGCGGCAUAAGUGACGCCGUGUGCAGUGUGUCAUCCCGCCAGGUCGCUUCUCCAGCAGCCCGGCAGUGACGUAUCGGCAAAGGGAGGAGCUUAAGCGGAAUGGGACAGCGGGACUCCGCAGACCUGCCCAGUGCACGUGUACUCAGCUCUUUUUAUUUUGCUAUUUUACUUCUCCCCGGAUCCUCCUGGAACAUUUUCAUUACAAACUGUCCUGGACCUGAGUCUAGCUGGAUGAGGAUGAGACCACGGACACUACGGGCAGCUUUGCACUUAACUUGCUGUUCUGCACCCCCUACCCCCCCCCCCCCCCCCCCCCGUCUAGGUUCACGCCUUCCUUAUUUGGAAGUGCUUGUGAAUAGUAACACACUGGUAGUCAAUCUGCUCAUCAUCCACAUGGAGGGGGGGGUGUGAGGUGCAUCCGGUUAUCCAGCCAGCAGGGGGAGUUCUUGGAUUAAUAUAGAUGUUAUUGGCUUUGCUUUAUUGCGUUAUUGCCCUGCCUAUACCUCUGACAGUGCAGAAGUCCAAGUGUGUAUGACAUUGGGUUUUUCCUUUUUCCUCUGUCUGUGUUCAGUUAGUCUGACUUGUGCUCUGCCAGAUUGAGCUCGAUCAUGAUGCCUCUAACUGACAUGUAUCCCCUAGGCUGAUCUGUAACGCUGAACAUGUAGCUGAACCCUUUUCACGUUUUGGUUGUAGCUCCGGAUGAUAUCAGCCUCCGUCAGGGCUGCAUGUAAACUUCUAGGCGAAGGGAAAAAAAAGGCAUCAGGAUUCGUCUCUGGUGGUGUGACUUUCUGGCCACUACACCAGGCCGUGGGGAUGGAUUGUUUAACUUGAAAUGCAGAGGGUUGCUCUUCCUCUGAGCCAUGUUUCUGACAGAGGUCAUUAAAGCCCGGAGCUCUACUGUCCCACCUUCUCUCUAAAAGCUGGAGGUCAAGGCCCCAUCUACCCAGCUGGAGGGAGCGCCGCCCUGGUGGUCGGGCUGUUCACUGCGUACUGAUGAGCAGCACCUGAGACGGGCAAGUCCUGCUGCCCUGAGCUCUGUACAUUUAAUGGCAUGUAAAACUCGACUGGUCGAGAAGGAACCAUAUCACCACCUCCUCUUAUUUCCCUCUCUUCUCCUGUCUCUUAUACCUCCCUCAGACAUCCAGGCAUUUGCAAUACUUAGGCAAUAAGGCCAGGUUUCCAUGACUGACUGACGCGCUGUGGACAUUUUUACACCCUCAUUGUGAAGCAUCAUGAUUAUCUCUGGUCAGGACAGAUCAUACAGUGUUUGCUGCACAGAUUCCUGUGGAUCUGUGCUGUGUGUCGUCCGCCUUACUGCCCUUUGAGGUCCUUCCUGUCCUGUUUCGGUUGGGGUGUCCCAGACCGUCUUCAAAUGCCAUCACUCGUCCUGCUUUGAAGUUGGCGAGUCACACACUGAUGGGGGGGGGGGGGGGUUUGUAGUCGGGAGCUCUGCUGCUUGAUGCCUUAACCUGAUCACCAUUGAGCAGAGCAUUUGCCCGACUUCAUCAGAAGUCCCCUGAGAGUCUGUGCAGCACGCCAUCCGAGCACCCAGGGUAUAGACACUGCGAAGUUUCACAAAGCACCUCGUCAGAGUUCACUGGUCGAACAGCAUCUCCUGGCUUAUUUCCACUUCCUCACUGUAACACAGCUGUCAGUUCUCCUUGUUUGUUUGGAAUACAAUAGCUUACAGGUUUAUUGAAUUUAAAUAUAUUUGCUGCAGAUUAAAGCCCCUUCUAUUUCUGUCUUCUCCAGACUGGCUGAGCUGUGCUUUGCGUGAAGUUACGAGAGGUGAAACUCCUGCCUUGCUUUCAUCCUUCCAUGCCUACCUGCCUGUUUGCUGCUUCGACUCGGGUUGUUGUGCAUUUAUUUUUUUAUUGUGUUCUUAUUCUGUCACGUAUACUUAAUGUGAACUUGAAAUAUACUGUAUUUUUUAAUUUAUCCAAAUAGCCACGCAGGUUUGGGAAUGAACUCUGAACUCUGAAUGCACUACAUUUUUUUAACUAAUGUUACCAGUGAAUUUGCCAGUCGUACUGAUUUAUACUCUACUGUCCGUGUCAAGAUCCGAGUUGAAACAUGAAAUUUAAACAAAACCUUAGUUUCCUUUUAGUGAUCAUGCAAUGUCUGUUCUGCUGCCUUAUUUCUGAAAGAGCUUUUUGUGGUUUAAUGUUAACGUAGACUGGCACAUCCUAUGUUCCCCUCUGCUUGUGCACAUAAUAGCUUAAAUUAAUUUGUGUAAUAAAACACCACCACCCCCUCCCCCCCCCCCCCCCGGUUAUGAUGGGUGGGGGUGCACCGUGCACUCUGGUUGAUUUCGUGUGCAUUGCCUGAUGACAGUGAGGCUCCUGCCAAGGGCUUGAUGUGAAUGUCUUCAUAUCCAUGCAGUACAGUGCUGUGUCCAGUUUGUGUGUCUGGCUUUUCCCUUCACCAUGUAAUAUGUAGGCCUCAGAAUGAUGGACAUCGGUGUACUUGAAUACAAGAAAGGUUUCCUUUGUCCUGCAGCCAUCAUAUGUUUAGGUACAUGGCAAAGCGAAUUCUUCUGACAUGUAGCUAUGAGUGCGCUGUGUCACGUGACUGGCAUCCCUUAUCUGCCUCUCUCUCUGCCCUGCAUGGAGUAGCUCUGAGCCAGGAUUAGCCCCGGCCUGUUGAUCCUGUCUCCCGUGCUUGCGCAGGGCAGCGAGCCUGAUAUGAGAUUCUGCAGUCGGUCUCCUCUGGCGUCAUGUAAGGCGGAGGAGGGCAUUCCAGCAUCUCGCAUGGAUCCUAGGGGCCGUGCGUGUGCCGAUCGUGAGCGAUGACUUUGCCAGCUUGUGUGUCAGUGUGUCAGUUUCCGUUGGUCUAGCUGUGCUACACUGUGACUCGUAUCAUGUUUUGGGUUUGGCUCCCAACUCGUCGCUCUUCUUAUUUUUUAUCUGUAUUGUACUGUGCUGGAGGGACUGACCAACCAGCCCUGCCACUGAAAUGGCUAAAGUGUUUCUCUUACAGUAUCUUGGGGCUUUUCUAUGUAUUUUCUUUUAAUGAUUCAUAUGAUUAUAAUGAUGCAUUUGGGUAGAUGCUUCUGGUGAAAUGAAACAAGCUCUCUUGUAUUUUCUGUUCUUGUUUCCUGCCUGCGCUGCCCCCAUUGAUGUCACUCAAGCCCCAAGCCGUCCGUGAAAAUGUGAUUUACGGAAAUGGUCAGACUGCUUUCCUCCAUUUUAAUUCCCCCUUUAACAGCGACUUAUUUUGGCAGUUUUACUCCUUAUUUAUUACGUAAGAUGUUUUUUUGAGCAAAGCUACUCAGAUGUAAAUAAAUAUGUUAAUUGAUUGUCCACAGAUCAGAGUCACUCUUAAGGUUUCCCCACUUUUUAAUGAGUUUUUUUUAAACCAAUUACAAUCUGUUCUGUGGACUCGAAGCCUUUGCAGCAUGGUUAUCUGGGUAUGGGGUCUUCACCUUGCGCCUUAUUUUCUGAAUGAGUGUGAUUUUCUGAAGAUCCUGCGGUUUGGAGGCCGUCGCCGUGCCCGGGCUGAUGGCCCUGCCACUCCCUCGCUGCACACUUUCCCCCCUUCAUUUCUAAGGCACGUUCCUGCACUCUGACCCUCAGCCCAGCCUCCGUUGUCGCUGCACGCUCUCCAGAGAAGGUGGAUUUUUUUUUCCCUGUUUCUUUUUUGUGUGUCAAAAUAAUGUCGACACAUCGAGAGAUCGAGUUGUUGCUCUUGCAUCCCCAUACUGGAUUGUCUAACAUUUUGAAAGGGGGAGGGGCAUUUAGAAACAAGCUGUAUGUAUUUUUUUAUCGUCUCCUUCCCUCCCCCCCCCCCCCCCCCCCUUGUGUAAACACGUGUCUUUGUGUGCAUAUGAUCACUUGUGCAGCCCUCUGAACCACCACCCUCUCGCUUGUUAUGUGGGAAGCACAUUUGUACAUAGUGGAGGAUUCUAUGGAAAUAUAAAGGCUUCUAAAUGCAUUGUGGGUGUUAGUCAUACAGACGGUGAUUUUUUUUGCCUGAAAUGCGUCUGUGUGAUUAAUUCCAGCUCUGGGGGUGAGCGGCAGUGCCAAGAAGUCCAGCCCGUGGCUCCGCAUUUUCUUUCCUACCAGUUUUCCAGAGGCUUCAUGUUAAUUGUUGCAUUUCUGGAUUUCACUUUUAAAUUCCCACCACAGAUGGAAUCUCAAUGGGAGACUUAAGUUUGCACCCUUUUUUAUGUAAAAUAAAAAACUUAACGUUUAA